UGUGUGCGUGUGUAUGUGUGCAUGAGUAUGUGUGUAACGCCGUGUGGGGAGCAAAUCGAGAUACAGUAGUAACCUAGAGUGAGGUGGCAGUCGUAUUCCACAUCGACACCAACUUGCCCCUGCACACAUCUUAUCUUUGUCUAUCUCGUGGAGCGCACUAGAAGACUGGAAGAGUAGUCCGUCAAGAUGGCAUCUGGACGUGGCUUUGGACAUUCCGGGAUCUAGUCUCUUUUGCCCUCUUUUGUGUUACCGCGGAGCAUAAAGACUGGCCGCACAAGGCGUCAAUAACUAAGUUGCUUUGGGCUCUGGACUUCGCUGGUGUUAAAUAGCAACAAAGGACGGGUGCGCGCAUUCAUGGGACGCGACUUUGACAGCUCUUCGUUUGUUGUCAUAUAACUUUAUCGGCAGUCAGCAGGGACGAGAUUGUGUCUGGAGCUGGAGAUAAUGGCUGAGGCUCCGCUCCCCGACGCACUCAAGGACUUGGACGUGGUCAUCGACCCGGACUUUGAACCCAAAAAGCGACCCAGAUCUUGCACCUGGCCGCUGCCACGACCAGACCCCAAUGCCGUGAAAACGGAGAGCAACGAUACAGAUAUCAUCCCCGAGGAAGAAGAUGACGAAGAGGACAAUGCAACCCCGACGGCCAUCAGUGUCAAUGGGUCUGGCAUGGCCGCAGAGGACCAGAGUAGCAACAGCCCCGCUGCCGAUGGAGCGCUCCUUUCUUCCGGCCAAGAGAGCGGAGGCUCCCCGCUCUCCACGCACUCCCCGGCGGCCACACCUGGCGCCCUGACUCCCAGCAGCUUGACUGCGGCGCAGACUCCAAGGAAAGCGUCAUCUCGCCGCAACGCCUGGGGAAAUCUCUCCUAUGCCGACUUGAUAACCAAAGCCAUCGAAAGCUCGCCAGACAAGAGAUUGACACUGUCCCAGAUUUAUGACUGGAUGGUGAGAUCCAUCCCCUAUUUCAAAGACAAAGGCGACAGCAACAGCUCUGCAGGAUGGAAGAACUCCAUCCGGCACAACCUUUCCCUCCACAGUCGCUUCAUCCGUGUCCAAAAUGAGGGAACAGGAAAGAGUUCCUGGUGGAUGAUCAACCCAGAGGGAGGAAAGGGAGGAAAGGCUCCAAGACGUCGGGCAGUUUCCAUGGACAACAGCAACAAGUACACCAAGUCAGCCCGUGGCCGUGCUGCCAAGAAGAAGGCUGCCCUGCAGGCUGCAGCUGCUGCAGCUGGUGAAGGUGGUGCAGACAGUCCUUCAGGUCUCUCUAAGUGGCCUGGGAGCCCAACAUCACGCAGCAGCGAGGAGCUGGAUGCCUGGACAGACUUCCGCUCUCGCACUAACUCCAACGCCAGCACGCUUAGUGGUCGUCUCUCACCCAUUUUGGCCAACCCCGAGUUGGAUGAGGUGCCCGAUGAUGAGCCUCCUCUCUCACCCAUGCUUUACUCCAGUCCUGGAAGAGCACUGUCCCCUGGGAACACCUUGACCAAUGGAAAAGCUGCACCCACUGAACUGCCCCGCCUGGCAGAUCUGACAGGUACCAUGAACCUGAAUGAUGGAAUCACAGAUGAUAUGAUGGAUGAUUUGCUGGUACCAACAACCUCCAGCCAGACCCCACAAAAUGGGUCCUCAGGGUUCAGUUUUGGGUCCAAACCCAAUGGCAUAGGCUCACCUUCCUCCACCUCCUCGCCAUCCUCCAACUCUUCCUCUAAUGGUGGAAGUAAUGGCUACAGUAACUCUAUCUUCAGCCCCCACACAACAGGCUCCUCUCUUCGUCCGUCCCCCAUGCAGACCAUCCAGGAGAAUAAGCAAACAUCCUUCUCCACCAUCAGCAUGUCUCACUUCGGCAGCCAAACACUACAAGACCUGCUCAACUCUGACAGUCAUAGUGAUGUCAUGAUGACCCAGUCUGACCCACUGAUGUCUCAGGCAAGCGCAGCUGCCAUUAUUUCCCAAAAUUCUCACCGUGGUCUGAUGCUUCGUAAUGAUCCCGUAAUGACUUUUGGGACCACUGGAGGACUACAGGUCAACCAAAGGGAUUUACUGCACAGUAACAACCACAACCAGAGCUCCCUAAGAUCUUUGAAUGGGGGCCUAAACCUAGUCAAUGAGGCUAACACUCUGGCUAAUGCCAAACACCAGCUCCUGCUCUCGCCACUAGGAGGAAAUGGGUCUUCCUCCAUGCAGAUCGACCCCUCUAUCUUUCUGAAUGGGACAGUUAGCAGCAGUGGAGGGGUUUGUCAGGAUCGCUUUCCUACAGAUCUGGACCUGGACAUGUUCAAUGGCAGCCUGGAGUGUGACAUGGACUCCAUCAUCAAGAAUGAGCUGAUGGAUGCAGAUGGCCUGGAUUUUAACUUUGACUCCCUGGUCAACAUGAAUGGAGUUGGCAACUUCACAAGCACCAAGCAGACCUCUCAGAGCUGGGUACCUGGCUGAGAAGGGAGGAAAAAGCAGGUCUGACCUGUGUGGUGCAUCAGACGGUCAGACACACAACAUCCUUUUUGCCAAACCUGCCAUCAGCACAAUGUAAAAUACAAAUCCUGUGUUUACAGAGAAGACUUCCUCUUGCGAGCUUUACUUUCACUCCCACACUGGUGAAUCAUGAACGAUCCAACAGAGUCUAGAGAUGCUGCACAUCAGCCCUCAAAGCCUCAUGUGAAACAACACAAAACAGCUGUGUUAAACAAUCACAACAAACUCACUCGAAUCUUAGAAUUAUGCAAUUUUUCUUUGACGCUCUGUCUGUCAAUAUCAAAGAGGCACUGUUUAUUAGAAAGGGUCAAAGAAGAUUGAGGUGCAGUUGUUCCCACUGAAGGCACAAAAAGGACAAAAAUCAAGAAGUGAUGUGUAAAUCUGAUCCAGUGGUUUCAUGGGAUGUGUUACCUUGGAGGAAAAAAUCCCUUUGUUCUUUGUGAUUUUAAAUGUUCAGUGUUUCUUGUUUGGGUUUUCUGUUUUAUCAUAAUUGUUUCUGGAUCAUAUGUGUCUGUACAAUAAGAAUUGUUGUAUUGGUGAAAUGAAGAUGUAGAAAUGGAGGGUCUUACUCACUGAGUGGCCAUGCAUACAGUUCUUGCAUACACACAUAGAGACAAACUGACACUUUACAAAACCACAGAAACCUUAGAAGUUAAAAUUCCUCAAUUUAAUGCCAUGCACUUACUGUUUUGCUAAUGUACACUGCUAGAAUUUGAAUUAACUGCAGCAUACUGAGGGCUAUAUCAUAAUUAGUUGCAUACUGCAUCAUAUGAUUUAUCAUUUUUGUACAUGUUACAAGUAAACAAAAAGAAGGAGAAGAAAAGAUCUUGUCUUUUUUUUCAGUUUUCAUAGCUUCUGGUGCAUUCUGUUGCAGUCGUUUAUCACAGCAUAUGAUGUAGCCAAAAAGAAUACCUGUGUUCUAGGGUUGUGAACAUUUCCACACCACUACAGGUGCUAUUUAAACAGUGUUGAACCCUGUCCUAAGAGCAAGAUGUGCAUUGUAAUUGUUCUGCUUUUACCUAGGACCUGCAGAAGUGGAGAGCUGCAGCCACAAGUAGCACGAUGAGGUUGAAGAAGGCAGGGGGAGCAGGGUUUUAGGCUCAUUCCUCUGGAAGCCAUUUGUUCCUUGAGUAAAACAAUAAGCUAUUUCUGUAUAUUGCCAAAUUACUUGAAACAAACAGUAGGAUAUGCUGGCAGCCAAAUCACUCAUGCACACAUAUAUAUUACACACAGAUAUAAAAAUAUAAUAGCAGGGAUCUGUUAGGCUCUUCUUGUCAUGAGCUUGUGGGACUUGUUAUGCAUAUACAGAAUCACUCAGGGGGGAAAGGGAGGCUUCCCGUCUAAAAAGAACAUCAAAUCGUAUUUGAAUGGUAUUACAUAUAAAAUUUCUUAAAAAUAAAACCUAAUACUUUGUGCUUGUGAACUUGUAACCUGUGAACUUUUGGCUGUCAAGAUGAAGAGGAGGAAGAUGAUAAACAUCAGGAUUAUUGCUUUACGCAUGUCUGUUAUUUUUGGUUUUGCUGUCAGUUAUUCUUUUUUUCCGCUUGUUGAACUCGUGACACAUACACACACGCACCCACAGACAUCCCCUCAUGGACACGCCUGGUGCUCCUGCAGGUAACUCUUCCUGUAUCUCCCAACUUAUAUAUUAAUGUGUGUAUGUGUUUUAUCUACCGAGUUAAUUUCAGUUUAAAUAAUCUCACAAGGUUGUGUAAUCCCUUGUGGUGCAUACAGCACAGCUGACUGUAUGCAUGUAUGUAUUUAUGCAUUAUGAAUUGUGUGAAAAUGCAUAUAUACUCACUGUAUGUCUUUAUAUACUCAUGUAGUACUUGACCCUUGGAUUUUGUGAUACCUCGGAAGUUGAAGAAACAUUGAACAACGUUACAUGCCAGGUCGGAGGGAACACUGUUACCAGUGAUUUUGAAAAUGGUGGAUAAGCACCAUUGUUGUAGCAUCUGGAAACCCUGGUACCGCUUGCCUGUUUUGGAGAUAGUGACAUGAAGUGUAUUCCCUGCUGUGUAAAAUAGUGUACAGAUUUGUGUAUAUCAUUUUGACGCCAAGGCAGAGAAGUGAGAGUGCAUGGUUGGCUAGAAUGAGCUACUGCGCUGUCUGAGGUUUAGUGCAUGAGCUCAUGCCCCCCUUUGACCCUUCCAAUGGUUCCGUCCCUUGAUAGAAAUUGUAAUACAGAGAGAGCAACUCUACAUUUUCAGCACUCAAAAACACAUUCUCUUCUUUUUAUUUUUUACCAGGGUUUACAGAGGAGUUCCUAAACCAUCCACCCAUUUUAAUGGGUUUAUUAUAAGUGUGUGUGCAUAGAUGUAGACACAUGCAGAGCCUUCUCUAGCGGAUGUUUGAUGUGCAAGUCCCAGUGCUCUUGAUGACUGGCUGGUUAGACAUUUGAUGUGAUAGAAGUGUCAUCUGACAUGAAGCUGGAAUGUCCAACACCUCAUUACAUCUAAAAUUUCCAGAACACUAUCUAUCAUGUGUUUUGACAGGGAGGAUCCUGAGCCAUCACCUGACCUUCUAAACAUUGGAAAUCAUCUACACUGAUUGUACUAAAUAUUGCUUUAAUUUCACUCUAGUUAUCCUGUGAAGAUGACUGACAAGGUGAAUCUGGGGAGCGCUGUAAUCCUCUCUGUUAAAAGACGGGUUAUUUAUCCCUGAUAAACUGCAAAUCUCAUUUGAAGAGAUAAUGUUCCUGACAUUUUGUACAUUCGGUGUAAAGUGUUUUAGCUCUUUUGGCAGAUAGAUUACACUAAGUCACAGUGGAGCUCGCCUUCCAUGCAAACCACUCAAUGAAACAGCUUCAUACAAGCACAGCUGAUCUCCUCUUACACCCAACACACACCCUUCACAUCACAUGCUGGUUUAAAGCUGAGGAAAGAGAGAGAGAAAAAAAAAUAGACAUACCACUAGAUACCUUAAUGACCUCUUGGGUGUUUUCUUUUAUAAUCUUUCUUGUUAAGAACCUCAAGCCAGCUCUUCUUCAUAUACUCCAUGAACUUUUCCCUUUUAUUAAUCUCGCUUCUCUCAACUCAAUGUUAGUGGGUAUUUUUCCCUUGUAUUCCAUUUUGAAUUGUAAUCUAGUUUGUAUAAGAAAUGGUGCGCAUGUAAAUAAAGCUUGGUGAGGCUCCA